CGGCGGUCGGCGUCACAACGUUCUGUACAUCUCUCGCAAGACAGAGCUAGUAACAAUGGUUUCCAUUUUUCUUCAUGCUAAACAUGUCGUGUGUCUGUUGUUGAGUUCUUUGUCUAUAUCCACUCUAUUUAUUUUAUAGAGUAUGCUUUCCAGCUCCUGCCUGCUCUUAAUUCUAUGAGCUACUGUUUGUUUAUUGUUUAGUAAUUUUGUAUGCUUGUUGGUAAUGCGGUAUCUUCAGAAUAAAUGAGAAAUGUUAGUUGAAAGUAAUCAAUACUGUAAUUAAUAUUAAGUCAGUGGUAUUGGCGGUUGAAAUUAUUAAUCACUGUCUCUUGUGUGAUUAUUAGUGUUAUAUAUGAACAUGAUAGCGGUUAAGUACAUUUCCGUCGUGUGCUGUAUCUUAAAUUAUUUACCUUGUCAUACAACCCCUGCAUCUCAUCAUAUUGGAAAAAGUCUGCACCAACACGAGAGGGAAGAAGAUGGAGCAUACAGCCCAAGAGAUCAUGCACAUGUUGUUGACGGUGUUCAUCAUUCAGAGUUUGAUCACGAAGCUAUAUUAGGCAGUGCUAAAGAAGCAGAAGAGUUUGACCACUUGAGUCCUGAAGAAGCUAAAAGACGUCUAGCAAUAUUACUGAAGAAAAUGGAUCUCAAUAGUGACGGCUUUGUUAGCAGGAAUGAAUUGCAUGCCUGGAUACUUAGAUCACUUUCUAUGCUGUCUGAAGAAGAGUCUGAGGACCGCUUUGAGGACGCUGACGAGAAUGAAGAUGGUGUUGUGACAUGGCAAGAAUAUAUUUCAGAUUCUUAUGGAAUCCAAGACAGUGAUGAAGAAGAUAAUGAAAUUGAUGACAAUUCAGAGGAAAAGUUGAUCAGCGAUGACAAGAUAAUGUUCCGAGCGGCGGACGGGAACGGAGACGGGGUGCUGAACAAGCAGGAGUUCCUCAAGUUCAGCCACCCGGAGGAGCACCCGGAGAUGUUGCCCGUCGUGCUGAAGCAGACGCUCGACGAGAAGGACGCGAACAAGGACGGCUUCAUCGACUUCCAAGAGUUUGUCGGGGAGAGAGGUGCCCAUCACGACAAGGAGUGGCUUCUUGUGGAGAAGGAGAAAUUUGACCACGAGUUCGACAAGGACAAAGACGGCAGGCUGAAUCCUGCGGAGAUCUUGGCCUGGAUUGUUCCGAGCAACGACGAGGUGGCGUCGGAGGAGGUGAGCCACCUGUUUGCGUCGUCCGACGGCGACCACGACGACCUGCUGUCGUACGGCGAGGUCCUGGAGCACCACGAGGUGUUCGUGGGCAGCGAGGCGACGGACUACGGCGACCACCUGCACAACAUUCACACCUUCCAGGACGAGCUGUGAUGCGCUCACGUCCCGCGUCCUGUCCGGCCGGGGUUCUUCCGCCCUGGAGAUCCUCUCCUCCGGCAUGCAGGCUUGCUAGUGGAACUGUCAGAUCCAGCUGGUGCGGGAGCAUACUCAAAUAUGUUUGCAAGUAAUGGGCCCGCCAACCCAGGCGGAGCUUCAGGAGAAACCACGCGACUAAAAACUGCCAUAGAUAUCCGAGUUGUGGUCUGUUCAUGAAAAUCAUUUAAGAAUAUGCUUUGGGCGUUUGAGUAGUUCAGUUUCUUUACUUUUUUUUCAAACUGUAUUGUUUAAGUGAAAAUGGCUAAAAUGCUAGUUUUCAGAAUAAUGUUUGGACACGAAACAUCAGUAGAGAUUCUUGAAAGCACUCCUUUAUCUUUGUUUCUCUGCCACGUAAUGGUGCUGUUACUGCUCCAACCUCAAAGUAGCACUGAAUGCAUGAUGAGAAGACUGCUUGCCAGUUCAGAGGAGACGCCGCGCUAGAAGCACCGGCGAGCGUCGCACUUAUCAUCCCGCCUCGCCGACACGAACAUACCCCUUACUUGGCAGGCGUCUUUAAGUAGAUUCUAUCAGCUGUGGCAACGUGUCAGCUGCAUCUUCCGUGCAUGGUUUUUGACAGAUCCAUUAGCAAAUGAGCGAUUCGGUGUUGGGACGGCCUGCGCCCAAGCUCUGCGUCCGUCAGUCCAUGGGCGUGAUGAAAGGUGGGCAUAUGGCAAAGGUGCUCAAGAGCACACGUAGAGCUGGAAGAGCUUCAGGUUGGCUUGGAACCCAUGUACAUAGCCCAUCCGAGAAGUUUAACCAGUGUGUGUCUGUUUUUACUGUUGUUAUUGUCGUGUUGAAUGUAUGCAGUUGUUGACUCGCUGAAAUUUGGAGAGAAAAAAAUACUUACUGGAUUUGUUUUUCUGACAUUUAAGAUUUACGUUAUGAGGUUCAGUUAAUCCAUGGAUCAUAGUUUCAGGUAUAUAAGAUGACCACUUGGUUUUGGGCUUUUAAGUAGAAUGAGCUUACUUAUCCCAGUGCAGUUCAAAAAAUUUUGGGUGGCAUUUUAUAAGAAAUUUUUGUGAGUGUUGAGAAGUAUAAAAAGUACUUUGUUCCAUUUGGUUAAAUCUCAGAUAAGAAUUGGUGACUUGACAGCUGUGAUAAGGGGGAGAAAAAAAAUAAAAAAGGCAAGAAAUUUUUUAACACUGAGCAGUAACAGCUGACAGAAAGAUGAGUUGAACGUUCUAUUUUGGACUUACUUGUGCUUGAAAUGUACAUCUUAGAAAAAGAGACCAUGUCUUAAGUAAAGCUUGUAAGUACAAGGGUAAAAAAAAAGACUUAAAGUUAGUCAAUUCAUUCUAAAAAAAAAUAGCUGUUCCCAAUCAUUCGUGCAACAGCAGAACAAGUACCGCCGAGAGUGCAGUCCCCGUGCAAAAGCAAAAUUAGUAUCAUUACACAAGAUGACCUGUCUUGAAAGACGAGUAGCAACUUUGAGCUAUUCAGUCAUGCAUUACAUUCUCGCCUGAUUCACUGGAAAAUACUAUGCAAUUCAGGGUUGAGCACUUUAAGGGAGAGAAUUUAUAUUUCACAAUAUCAAUUUGCCCCUUUAAUUUAUUAUUUAUUUAAUCAUAGAUCUAAAAAAAAAGUUGUACUAAUACUUUUGUCUACACACAAAUAAAUCUCAAAUAUAGAGAAUAAACAGGGUGGCCACUCUUCUGGGAUAAUAAAAUUCCUGGUUUUUUCCAGGUUUUUUCAAGGGUGGUUUUUAUCAAUAUUUGCAUACAAUUUGCAUUUUUGUUACACAAAGCACACACAAUAUGAUUUUUUAUUGGCGUUAAACAAUAGACAACUUAACUAUAGGCUUAAAAAUGAAAUCAAUGAACUUGCUUAGAAGAAAACCUACCACCAACAAAAAAAUUUAUAAUCUCACUUCACCAAAAUUACUUGACACCAAACGCACGUGUUUUGCCCCUCUUGCGUGGUUGGCUAAUACUGUUCUUUCCAUGCUACCGAUAUUGAUUUUAACAUAACACAAAUUGCAAAUGGCGUUUGUCCUGCACUUUGGAUCUUUCUCAACCCAUUCAAACUCUUCCGUAUAUUUGUCAUUGUAUGUGGCGACCGAACUCUUUGACAUUUUGAUAGUCUGCGCAAAUUACAUGUUAGAUUAAAAAAUUCAAAACAACGUCCAGCACAACUAAACUUAAAAAAAAAAAAAACUCUAGAAAAGUAUCCGUGAUACCGUGACGCAACAACAUGAGCGCAAAGUAAAAAAAUAUAUGUAUAUAUAUACAAAACUAGUGCUACCAACAUGCCGUGCGAGAAAUUACUACCACCCUACAACAACAUUUUCAGCCAAAAUUAUGUUGCUUUUGAAUACAGAAACAUAAUAAGUAUGGAAGUCUGAAUUGUUAACGGUUUCUUACGUACUACAAAAGUUUUUUAAUGCAAUAUGAACAAAUUAACUUUCACAAAAUAUAGCUCACGAGUAUACUGUCGUGCUUCGACAGGUGGUGAACAUGCUCACGUUCAAGUUUCUCCAUCAUAGGCUUUCAACAGCCGUAUGUUAUUGUCAUCGUUACUUCAUAAAAAAAAUUCCCGGUUCUAAUAAAAAUUCCUGGUUGAUUCCAGGUAUUCCUGGUUUUUUUAAGAAAUCCUGGCUAUUUCCCGAUUUCCCGGUUGACUGGCCACCCUGAUAAAGUAUUACAUGAGUCAGUUUUUUGAACUGUUAAAUAUAUAUGAUGGAUAAUUAAUUAGUUACUUAAAAAGUUAAGUGAAUGAAUAUUUUUAUUCAGUUAUACUGUUUUUAUAAAAUUUUAUUUACUUGUAUUUAUUUUAUAUAAUUGGUCCUGUCUAUAUGUAUAGUUUUAUUAUUAUUAUUUUUUAAUAAUUAUUCAUUAACAGUUACAUAUUGAUGUUUAAAAAAAUUGCAAAAAUAAUACUUCAAGUCUGGCAGAAAUGAAAUUGCUUUUCUCAGGUGCUAUGGAUAAAAAGUAUGAUCACAAGCAAUGCUGAUAGAGUGAUAGGCAUAGCUCAAGAGCCUACUUGAUGUAUACUGAUAUUCGUAUGUAAUUUUUUAGAGUUUAUUUUGAGCUUAAACCAAAUAUGGUGUUAGUAUAAACAUUUUUAAAUGAUUGAAGUAGGUAUAGAAUAUACAUUAUUAAUUAUUGUGUUACUUUGAAAAUUACUAAUUAAUAAAUUCGCAUGUAAAAUUUAUUAUUUUAAUUAUGUAACAAAGGUAUUUUAAUAUACGUUUCAUAAAAUCUAACUAGACAUUGUGGAUCAAGUUCCUGAACAUAUAAAAAAGGAUAUGGCGAGAAUUUCUUUGAUUAAAGAUGUGUCCGCGAAAAAUGAAAUCUAGAACUAGGCCUGUGCAAAUGUUUGAGAUUCAAAUAUCAAAACCUAAUUUGUUGUGUGAUUUGAAAUACACUUUGAAAUGACAAAUUUUCAAUUGUAUUGGAAGGUUAGUGUAAGGUGUUGCACUGUCACCUGGUGUACUGUUAUUGAAGUGGAGCUUGUCAUUGUUUUAAAAUAUAAAUUUUUAUGUCUGCGUCGUCAUGAACCGCUGCUGCCGGGUCAGCAAUGUGAGAAGCCUCCAUUUUCCUCUGUCCAUCCACCAUUCCUCCUCCACUCUGUUCCAAUCGUCUUCUCUCUCCUGUCCUGCGUAGGACCCAACAGGCCUAGAAAGCCCGCAACCGAAACUAAAAGUUAUCUCGAGAGAAUUAAGUCACAUGUGUAUGAACACAGUUCAAAUUUGUAAUGGCGUGGUGUAACUAGCCAUAUUUUUUCUUAACAUUUGCACAUUUAAGAACAGAAUGGCUGAAGUUCAGACAAAAGGACAAUCUGCUAUCAGCCUAUCAGGUUUUUUUUUUUUUGGUAAGUUGAAACCAAGUAAACAAUAAGCAGUUGGCUAUUGUUACAAAAACUUCACAAAAAUUCAAAGGAAUGCUUUGCUCAUAGUACUUAUGUUUUUUUUUUUUUUUCAACAAACAUUAAAAUAUUUUUUAACUAAAUUUUCAACUCCUGCUAUUUAAAUUUUAUAAUCUUAUUCAGGAAUGUCUUGAUAUUUGCAAAGGUUUAGUGAGAAUGCCUGUAAGCACCAGUUGUGGUCUAAAACUAGCUUAUUUUAUAUAAUUAAAAGAAUGUGCCAUAUUAGUAUAACAAAUAGUAUAUCAGUUAAGUGUAAUCUUUUUUAUUGUCACUUUAUAAAUACAUUUACUUUAUUUAAUAGUUAAAUUAUUCUAAGCAGUAUUUUUUUUAAUCAUUGCAAUUUUUCCUGGUAAAUAAUGGACAGCAACAAGUUUGUGAAUUGCAAAAGUUUGAAAAUGACUGGUGUACUGUCUAAACUAAAAGUUCAAAGAUGUGCUAACUAAUAUUCUGGUGAACUGCAAUAUAAAAAGAUUAGAGAUGAUGAUUAAUUGAAGUGACAAAAGGUCAUUGGUGAUAUCUAUUCUGUUUUUGAGUUGGGCGAGUGUGUUUUGUUGUGUUGCGCUUGCGUUUGUCAGACAUACAAAAUAUACAGGAAGUGCUCUGUUGUCAUCUUCACUAGUCCACAAAAGCAUGCAUAAACAGUAACUCAAUAUUUAAUUGCAAAUGAUUGUAUGCAUUGUUAACUUUUAUUAGGGAUUAUGCUGUGAAUUAUUUUACCAUGGAGGUUUUAUUUUAGCUGUUCACGGUGCAUAUACAAGCAAAGAUUAUUAAAAGUUGUUUAUUACUAUUUUUCAUGUUUUGUAAUGUUGGGAUACCAUAAUUUUUAUACUAAAUAUUUUAUUUAUAUACUUAUCCCUCACUUAACACAACUAAUUUGUUCCUAAAAAUGCUCGUGCUAUUUGAAAUCGCAACAAACCGAUAUUACUGUCCAGAUAAUUACAUUUUAACUUUUCAAAAAUUAAAGUGCUUACUGUGUCUUAUCGCAUAAUCGUUGCACAAUUUAUAAUAAGAUCAAGUUUCAAAAGUAGGAGUCCAAUUUUUAUGCAAAAAAAAUUGUUGUUAGGUAAAUUAUUUAUAAAAACAUAACCCAUUCAUGGAAAUUACAUUUUUUUUUAACAAAGUAGAGUAUAAACAAGCGCACCAAACAAUUUAAUAAGUCAUGCAACAAAAAACCUUUCUUCAACUUUAAGUAGAAAAACAAAUUCUGUGACCCAAAUGCAAGCCUGAACUAACGCAUAACUCAUCGCAGUACACACCACGAAAUAGUGCGGGCCAUCAAUUGUAGUUAACUCGGCACAAGACAGAGAGCGCGUGUUGCAUGCAAUCGGAGAGAUAUCAAUAUUGAUAUUCAACUAUGUGUGCGCGCUCUAUACUGAAAGCAACAUAGCCAAACACAAAUGAUGCCAACUAGCGCUGGCUACAUUUUUAUAAACUGUACACCGCGGCGACGCAAACUAACAGAUAAAGGUUAUAACAUAACGUUUAAAAAGUCUUUAAAAGAAAAUUUUGUGCAUAGUUGACGUGCUAAAAACUAAAGUGUGACCAACAUAAGCGUGGCCUUCAUGUCAAUCUGCACGCCGUAAUACUUUUAGUUUUGUCUCAAAUACUUGAACAUGAUGCAUUAUGUGUGAUAAGCACAUGCAGUUACCAGCAGCUGAAUGGGCAGACGUUGCUUUUGCUUAUGUGAAUUCCUUGCCACUGGCUAGACUGAGUUCACGGCCCGUUUUGUGGCCAGGCGACAAUGGUAUGGCACGGUGGCAUACGCACGGACGUAAAAAAAUUUGGUCCUUUACACUUCAUAGCCGCAAUUUAACUUGCCAUAGCUGAUGUUUGUACAACAGCUGAUAGCAUAGACAGACCUGCGCGUGCAUCGCUUUCCCCCCCCCCCCCCCCCCUUGUUUGGCUAACUGUAUCCCAUGGCACAUCUGUUGUAUACAAAAGUUGAGACAGACUUUGUGGCGUCGUGCCUGACUUUUUUUUUCCUGUGGAGAUUUCACGCUAACUGAAAUUUACAGACAUGCUAUUCAAGACUAAGGCAGUAUAAUUAACCCCGCGCUAAAAGAAUCAGUGCAAUCUGAAGAUGUGCUAAGUGAGGGAUAGGUGUACUUAGUUACAGCUCCAUUCCCUGGUCACUCAAAUUACUAUUUUGCUAAAACCAUUUUAGAGGCCAAAAAUUAUUCCGCUUCAAAGCUCUAAUACAACAAGUACAUAGCUGUUUACUUGAAUUCAGACAUGGCCUUAGAUCACUACUCGAUAAUAUUGGUCCGCUAUAGUAUCAAAGUAUUCAAAGUUCCCCACCACUGUUUUGUUUGCACAGGAUAAAGAGUAAAUUGUCUCAUUUGGAAAGUGUGAAAAUAAAAAUAAAAAAUAAAAAAACACGUGUUACUCAGUACACGUGAUAGAAGUCAAGCUUUUUUAGCAAUUCAAAUCUCGGCUCGUAAGUAUGUAGUAAAGGGUAAAAUGGCAGAAAGAGAGAAAGAAGACAAUUUUCUAAAAUUGAUUAAUUAAUGAUAAAAUAUUACUCGCUGUUUAAUUAGGUACACCAUAAAGAAAAAUUGCAUGUUACUGUUUCUUCAAACAAUUCUGCCAUUUGGAAACCUCCAAAUCUCUGAACGAAAUAUGAAAUUCUAAACAAGUAGCGCUAUCUAUAGGGGAAAUGCAGGGACUGUCUCAAUAGCACUCCGAACACAGGAGGAACACGAGCGUGCUGGUAGCAAAUAUAAAAUUCAAAGCAUUAACAGUUAACUGUAUAGGAUACCUAUAUCUAUUUUCUGAAAUGAGCGCAUAUGCACGUGCAUUCGCACACACAUAUUUUUUUCCCUUUUGUCUGUGUGUGUGUGUGUGUGUGUGUGUGUGUUCUAUUUUAUUUUUGAGCUGAAGUAUCAUCGCACGAAGAGAAUAAAGGUCCAGCAACAUAUCUACUAUAGUGCUCUCUUUAUCUCUCUUUCACCAAGUAUCUGUUCACUAACCAUUUCACAUCAGAAGCAUUUCACAGCAAUGUAUCAUGAAAACAUUGUAUUAAAAUUCAGUCUUAAAAUUUUACUCAUCGUGACCAAAGAAGUUUCAUUUCAAAAAGCACGUUUCUUAGCACUAAAGUGCAAAAGUAAGAUUCGUCUAGUCUGUUGUCUAAAACGAAAAUCUGCCUCAGUUGUGAAUUCACUGUUUGAAGCACUUCAUUCAAAAAAAAAAAAUAUGUUUCGUAUAAAAUGUAUUUUAUGCGUAUGGAUGAAGAUGUUCCAAGAGAUGAAAUAAAAAAAAAAUUGCAAUGGAA